GUUAAUUUUUUAGCUUUCCUCGUGUACAACUUAUAAAAAAUUUUUAAUGCAAGCGAUAAAAUGUGUUGUGGUUGGUGAUGGUGCUGUAGGUAAAACAUGCUUACUAAUUAGUUAUACAACAAAUUCCUUUCCAGGAGAAUACAUACCAACUGUAUUCGAUAAUUAUUCUGCAAAUGUCAUGGUUGAUGGUAAACCUAUUAAUUUAGGACUAUGGGACACAGCUGGUCAAGAAGAUUAUGAUAGAUUAAGACCAUUAUCCUACCCUCAAACAGAUGUAUUUUUGAUAUGCUUCUCAUUAGUAAAUCCUGCUUCCUUUGAAAAUGUCAGAGCAAAGUGGUACCCCGAAGUAUCUCAUCACUGUCCUGGCACACCUAUAAUUCUCGUUGGAACAAAAUUGGAUCUCAGGGAAAAUAGGGAAAUACUGGAAAAAUUAAAGGAAAAGAAAUUGGCCCCCAUUACCUAUCCACAAGGUUUAGCAAUGAUGAAAGAGAUUGGCGCCGUCAAAUAUCUCGAAUGCAGUGCACUAAACCAAAAGGGACUCAAAACUGUAUUCGAUGAAGCUAUAAGAGCCGUACUAUUCCCAACACCUAAGAUUAAAAAGAAAAAAAUUUGUAAUUUCAUCUAAAGCAUAUAUGUAUUUUUUUUAAGCCCUAUUUAAAAAAUAUAAUACUAUUUAUUCCUAUAAUUAUUUAUGUUUCUGCAUCGAAAAGUAUGAUAUAUUUUCCAAAAAAUAUAUUUAAAUGCAUCGUUUGCCAAUGUCAUUGGAUGAAAAUUAAAUUCGUUUUAACUUAAUUUUUUCGCCCUUACAAUUUAAUUUAAAAUUCCUACUAUUUAUAUGUACUCUUCUCUAUUUAUCCUUUCUAACUUUCUUUGUCUUAUUUUGUUAUUCGGUCUUCCUAUUAUCGAAAUAUUUAUAAUUUUUUUUUGAAUAAGGGACUCACUUAUAAGCUGCUCAUCUACUAUAGAAUACAUUUCUUUCCAUCUUCAAAGCUUUUAAAAUCUUAAUUUUCGGAGUCCAAAUCAAUUUUUUUAUAUUAGAUAAAUAAAAAUAACACAACACUCUUACCCCAUCCCUGCAAACUCAUUCAAAAAUCAUGCUAUCCAAUCAUUUAGUAUAAUAUAAAUUAUUUACUAAAUUAUAUUUAUUUUAUAUAACACGAAUAUAAUUUUUAUAUUAUGACUCCACAUUUUUACAAUAUUUUUUUAAAUACCACAUAUAUUUUUAACA